AUGACGCGGGUUACGUUUGGCGUUUCCUGCUCUCCCUACGUGGCCAUUCGCACCACCUGGCGCGCGGCAGAGGAUGCUGGAUCGGAGAUGGAGGAGGCCCGCGCCCCCGUCAGAAACAACAUUUAUGUCGAUGAUUACCUGGACUCUGCUGGGGGUCUGGACGAGGCCAUCCGAAGGGCAACUGCAGUGCAGAAGGUGUUGGCGGGAGGCGACUUCCACCUCAGCCACUGGGUGUCAAACAGCGCUCAAUUACUCAACGAGGUCCAGCCCCGUGACGAUGCAGGUACGAUGGUCGAGUCAACCACGAUCCAGUUAGGAGCAGACGACCCAGAGAUGGUUUUAAGAAUCGUGUGGAGGCCGGGCAAGGACACUCUCGGCUUUCAAGUGAAGCUGGACUAUAUCGUUUACACUAGAGCGAAGAUUAAGUUGCGGGAGCUCGGUGUAAGGGGACUCCACUGGGACGAGCCGGUCACAAAGGAGGACCGACAAUGGUGGGAGAAAUAUUUCCGGACGAUUGAUGGCCUUAAGGAGGUGGAGUUUCCGCGCUGCCUAUUUCCGGAUGCGGACGAAGUGAGAGGUUUGGAGCUACACACAUUUGCCGAUGCGUCCGAGGAGGCUUGUGCAGCAUCCUGCUACGUUCGCUUGAUCUACAGCGACCAACGGGUAUUGAUCCGACUGGUCAAGUCGGCCAUCAAGCUGGCACCAUUGAAGACUGUGUCAGUUUGUAAGCUGGAGCUAAAUGCUGCCUUGAUGGGGGCCAGGUUGGCUCAUUUCGUCCAGGGCGCGUUGAGGAGAAGGUGUGACGCCCGAUUCUUCUGGACUGAUAGCAGCACGGUGCGGAGUUGGGUCUGUGGAACGUCAUCGCAUUCCCAGAUGUAUGUGAGUCACAGGAUCGGCGAAAUCCAAACACUGACCGAGCCGGGGGAGUGGUGGUUUGUUCCCGGACGCUACAACCCAGCGGAUGCUGCCACGAGAUCACAGCUGGAGGAGGAGAGUAUUCCGCCCUGGUGGAUAAACGGGCCUGAAUUUUUAUACGACAAGGAGGAGAGCUGGCCAAUUGAUUUGCCGUGGACGGUGGCAAAAGAGGAGUUAAGGGCUGCCCACGUUCAUCUGAGCGUCACGGAACCGGCAUUUGACUGA